AUGUCGGAUACUAAAGUAUUACGAUCUGAUGUGGCAGCUAACAAAAAAGCUCUCGUAAAAAAACCAACUACAUCAAGUACUUUAAAAACAUCAGCUCAGUUAAAAGACAGCAAACCGACAGCUAGCGAGGAAAAGGAAAGAAGCAAAACAAAAAUAACAAACGUUGCCAGCAGCACCACAUCAAACAAAGCUAAAGUGGCAGUUAAUAAAAUACAACCACCAAGAAAAACAGCAGGAAAUUUACCAACAAAAGCCUUGGCAUCGCGAAAGGUCAGUUCAAUUUCACAACAAAAAGAUUUACCAUUACGUGCCAAACACUUGACGACCUCAAAGGACAUAAAAGAAAUCAGUAAAAGUUAUACAUCACCUAAAACAAGCAUAGAAAAAAUAGAUAAAAAACCUGUUAAUAAAAAACCAAAUGCAGUUUUAGAUACUCCCCAUAAUGUUACUGUAGUCUCACCUCCACCCAAAAGGAAGAGUAUCGAAAAUGUUGAGACUGAACCAAGCUUCAAUAAAUCAAAAAGCAGCAACAUCAAGUUAACCCGAAAAGGAAGUAGAACUUUAGCUCCCGAUGAAAUCGUUGUAUUAAAAAGAGAAUCGGCUAAAAAGAGAAUUGAGGAGCAAAUUCGAAAAGAAAAUAUAAAAACCGAGCAAUCCGUAGAGACUGUUGUAAAAGAACCGGUAGCUUUUGAAGUAAAAUUUGAAGAAAAAGAAAAUGUCACAAGAGAGAGGUCAAGAUCUCGUGUGAAAACAAAUACUACCCAUAUAAUAGACAAAAACGAUGAAGAACCUCAAUAUUCAGAUGACUUUGAAUCCUAUGAAUCGGAUUUUGAAUCUUCUACACACUCUUUGGUCUCAUCAGAACCAUCAAGCGUGGAAAGUGAAGAUGUAUCAAAUUCCACUGAUAAUGAAUCUGAUGAAAUAGAACAUCAAGAAGAUUCUCUAAAAAAUUUAACUACAGAUGAAAGUGAAGACGAAGAUGAUGAUUCAGAAGUGACCCAAAAUCCCAUAACAGUUAUUCAGCGAGACAAAGAGCGAAAAUUAGAUUCCGGACACUAUGACAUGAAUUCUCGCAAAACGAUUGAUCCCAAAUCAUUGGAUAUUUCUGCGCAAUCUACACAGCCUAUAACAGAUAGCUUGGAAGCAUUUAGUUUAGGUUUGUCGGAACAGCUCGAUUCUGGUAUAUCGACAUAUGCAACUUCAAUUGUUGCAGCUUACAGCGAUGCAAAUGUAGAAGUUAUAUACGGAGGUUAUAAAAACUUUAAUAUCAAACCCAUUAUAAAUCAAAGAGGCUCCGAUCUGAUGUCAAAAAUUCAAUUCGAUGUCUUAAGUUUUACGUUGCUUGAUCUGAAACCGAUUUCUUAUGACAUAUUUAUGCAAAUCUUUGGCAAACUUAAUACAAAUCAAAAUUUCACACAAACACAGGGUAAUCUAAUGAAUGUUGAACAACAGACAGACUUGCAGGAAACUCGUUCUAUAUGGACGCAACAUCCACCUCAAUAUGAUUUAAAAAUCAUUAAAACUUUCGAUAAAACCGGUAUAUACAGUCAGAAUUGUUGUGGCGAAUCGAUUGAUGAAUUUCAAAACCAUUUAUUGCCAGAAUGUGAACUGGAGCAAAGUUUAGAUAUGUUAAAGCAACUUAAUAGUCAAAGUUCUAAACGAACGUACCAAAAUUAUCAAAAACGACAAAGAAAACCCGUAAACUAUGAACAUUUAAAUUCAUUCCUUUUGCGAUCGUCUCUUGUUAUAGAUCAAAUACUGGGCUCCUCAAAUAACACCACUAUCAACAAACCAAAACCGAAUUCUCCUUAUGAAAAUGACCAGGUUUUAUCGCGUGUGUCUGAAAAAUGUUUUUACAUAGAUUCAAAUUUCCUCAAUACUUUACAAGUUGUAAAAAUAUUCUCUAACAAUAAAUAUAAUUUACUUAUAACGGUGCAUGAAUCAUUACCCGAUACUAAUGUGUACAGCUCUGACUUUACGAACCUUCUGAUGGUGUGGUGCACCAACACCUGUGAUAAGCCGUUACGUCUUUUAACAACUUGGAGUCAGGUUUCGAAGGUGGAAAUAUCUAAUGAUUCGUCGGAUAUAAUUGUUGCCGCUUUAAGAGAUGGUUCCAUAGCUUUAUGGGAUUUGAGAGAAACGCACUCAUUUUGUUCUAAACUCGAUGGGUAUUUAACACAAUUUGCCGCCACACAAUCACUAGUACCUUCUUGGAGUGGAAUUAAGGAUAAGACCACCUUAGUAAUGGACUUGGGGGCAUGUUUAGAUGUAAAAAGCUUCAGAAGCCAGUCUAAUAACAUGUUAGCUCAAAGAACAUUCCCAAAAACACAGUUUAUUUCUCUUCAUGAUUCCGGAUUUGUCACAGUUUGGACUUUAGUGGAAACGUCGGAAACACCUAUCAAUUUUUCACAAAUGAAAAAAUAUGAAAAACCCAAAAAUUCUUCAAAAAUGUCUCAAACAUUUGAAUUUACUUCUCCGUGGGCCCGAGUAAAACUUAUGCAAAGUACUAUAGUUAAUAUCAAAGAUUAUUUGGAAACGAAAUCUCAUCAGAUUCAAUCUCGAUUUGACAAAACCAAAGCAUUCUUUCAAAAGGAUAUUUACAGUGACGAGGCAUUAAAAGAGCUCAAUGAAUGCAAUGCAGGUGUAGGACAGCAAGGUCUACGAUUUACAAGCUUAGAAUGUGGUUCAGAAAACGUAUUUAUCUGCACAAAUCGAAAUUAUAUAUUAAUUUGUUCAAAGGCACUUAAAAUGGACAAACUACAACGAAUUGUGAUAAAUGAAAGUCGUUUCUUAUUUCCAACAGCUUUAAAAGUGCUGAGUAAUGAGCACUUCUUAGCGGUGGGACUUUCUAAUGGAGCAGUCAUGAUUUUAAACUGCCAAUCGAAUAAAAUUAUGCAUAAUAACAAAUCAGCUAAAACAUCAAAUUUAACUGAAUCUAUACCUCCCAGCAGAGACCUAAUGUCGGAUAUAAAUCCCAUAACGGGAAAAUCUUGUGCCAUACAGAAUAUACUAUUGAAUGUGCAAAAAUCAUACGAAGAUAUGGACUUUGAUCCAGUUUAUCGCCCGAACACUGCAGCAUGUAUAGCAUUAAUUGACAGCAAUCAAAAACCAUUUGAGUUAAGAAUAUUUGAUCAACAAAUCAUUAUGAACGGAUCAGUUUUAAGAAAGAACCUUAUUAAAUCCUUAGAAUUAUCCUCAGAUGGAUGGCGUUUAUUUGCCCUGACAAAUGGACACAUAAGGAUUUAUGACUUUUAUUUAGAUCAAGAAAUAGACUAUCAAGAAGCCCAAGAAACAGGCAAAAUUAUUGAUAUUGCAACUGCUAAAUGCGGUUGCAAGGAAAAUAAUUUAAUGAUUCUAAAGCCAAACACAGAGGUCGAAGUUCAUAUUUUAAACAAAUAA